UAUUUAACGGAACGGAGAAACAUUCGAUUGCAUCAAAUACAAGCAACAUUCAUCUAUUUUUAUACACAUUUUUAUAUUAUUUGUCAAUAAUUUUAACAUAAAUCGAUUCCAUUGAAAAGAAAAUCAAAAAAAAAAAUGCCAGGCGUUAAUCAAAGUUCAAAUCAUUUCUUUUUCGAGAAAGAUCGUAAAGCAAGUUUCCAGUCUUGGCCAUUUAGUGAACGUCAGAACUGUAGUAUCACAAAGAUGGCACAGGCUGGUUUCUACUACGCUGGUUCAUCAACAGAUGAUGAUACAGCCGCUUGUUUUCUAUGCGGCAAAGUAUUGGAUGGAUGGGAAUCAACCGACGAUCCAUGGUCGGAGCAUAAGAAACAUUCACCACAGUGUGCUUUCGUGAAACUUGGCCGACCAGAAGACGAUACCACGGUUGGCGAGCAACUCGAUCUAUUGGAUUUAUACGUGCAGAAAGUGUUCGACAAGAAAUUGGAUGAAGCGAAAAAAGUGUUGACUGAAUUGGGAAGUAAAGCACGUGCCGUCAUUCAGGCAAAACUCAAAUCGAACGAUUGAACAUCUCUUUUUUUUACUCGAAAUCACAAUCAUUAAAUUACAUAUGCAUUUUUUUAAAGCAUGGAACAUAUAUAGAAAUGUAAGAUAACAUUUUUUG